CCCAUUGUUUUCGAUUUUCUGUAUGUACAUUGGAAGUUGUAACUUGGAAGUAGACGUACUGUUACUUCUGAAAGAUUGUUUAAUUCGUAUAACGAGUGUUGGGCUAACAUCUAUGACACCAAGUCUGUACAUGUAUGUAAUAGUUAAGUUUCAUUUUUAGCAUUGUCUGGAUGAUAGAGGUAAAACCUUCGUCUUCAUGUAUCAGAUAUGCAUCGUGUGUUGUUUAUUCGUGUCAGAAGACCUUUAGAUAAUAGAUCCUUGAUGAUACGAAAAAGAUGUAUUGAUCUCAAAGUCAAACGUAAAAUUAAGGAAGGUUUAAAUCCUGGAAACCCGACAAAAUUCUUGAACUUUGAUUUGAUAUAUAUCUGCGUGUACGUAAUCAUUUUUCGAUCGUUAGGAUGAACCAUUCAGAGACAGUAUUGUUUGAACUUGGAUUUACUUCCUCUCUAUUGUGUUCUUGACAUUUUAGACCCAGGAUGACGAACGCCUUACAGAAUGAUAGCAGCAUCGGACAUUACCUCGUUGCAUCUGGUAUGUUAGGUGGAUAUUUUGCCCUGAUACUCACCUUCGGAGAAGCGGAGCAUGAAGCCGAGCACAUUGUAGGAUAUGUUUGUCUGUUUGUCCAGUUGUUGGCUUGUAUUGGCAUUCUGUACGCUUGUAUUGCCAUGAACAGAAGACGAAACGAUUGGAUCAAGGAAAAGCGAAGAUCGACAGUAAUCAUUACAAAAGUUGUUGUUUUGUGGAUUUUUGGAUUUGCCCAGUGUUUCCUCCAUGUGGUGUACGACAACCUUCGUUUAAAUUGUGGUGAUAUAUACAUCCUAUUAUCUCAAAACGUAGCAAGAUACAAUUACAUCGUGUUUACAUUUUUGCAGACACUUUUUAUUUCUUACUGCAGUCAAUAUACUUUCUUUGACUCCUGGAAAAUGAGGUAUAUUAUUUCGCUUUUGACCAUUUCGAAUCUGUUCAAAUGGUUAGAGGCCAAUAUAUUCAGUAUCUUUGUGAAGACAUCAUCGGAUAUUUCAAACUAUUAUGAAACGAUGCAGAAUUGUUCAUACAUAAAAGAAAACAAUUUGGAGUGGGUGUUUAGAGUAACGGACAUGUUGCUCACUCCUCUUCUGAUGGAAUUCAGUAUUCUGGCGGCUACACUUAUUUUUGGCCUUUCCCUUUCAGGAAAUUCUAGAAAUCCCCAACACCACCUUGACAGAUUUCGUGGUCAACCUGAAUCCUAUAGAGAAGCCGCCAUUAAUAUACAGCUCUCCAGAAAACACAAAUUAACCACAGUUGUUAUUGGAACCAUUUUGAAUGCUCCUUUUGUAUUUUACGCUAUCAUGUUUACAGUGGAUGAACAUCUAUUAGUCGAGAUGAUUUUUCCAUGGCUACUUUCAAUCCUCGGAGCGAAGAUAGUUAUAUUUUUUCUUAUUCUUAUUGCUUUUCAUAUCUUCCAUAGAAUACUGCAGAUACAAAUAGAAAACCGACACUUAAAUUUUGAUAGCGCCGCUCUUAUCUUAUGCUCUUGUGUGGUAAGUUUGUCUGGUGUUGUCAAUUUUUUGUUUCCACACGGAAGAAAUCUACCUUUGAUAACAUUCCACACCUGGUUCAACGUCAUUUACACAAUUUAUCAGACAAUUUUCAUCUUGUUUGGAACAUCGGUGGAAAUUCGAAGAGGGGAUCCAAGGGUAUUAACCACGGCUAGAGUGAUUGUGAUAACUCUAAUCAGCUACAACCUCUUGUAUUGGAUGAAGGAUUCACUAUUUUUUCAAAGAUCAAUUGAAAAUGAUACGCGUAAUAAUUUCAUACGUACUAUAUUUUUUGUGUUGUACCCUUUUCAGUCAUUUUAUAGAUUUCAAUCUGCAAUGGAACUGCUUCUACUGUACUCCAAAUUAUGCGCGCCACAUCUCCGUAUGUCGCACCAUACAUUAAGAUAAAUCUCAUUCACGCUUAUAGAUACAUUUUACAAUGUUACUUUAUAUCUGUUUUACUUUGCCCACGUUAUGCAAGUAUAUGCAUCUAAAUCAAUUCCAAGUAUUAUUUGUUCAAUAUAUUGUGCAUUUAUUGGCUUCUUCACAUUUUAAUGAACAAGUGAAGAUAACGAAUAGUGAUCAAUCUCAUAAUUCCAAUAAAAAUUCAAAUUUAAGAGUAGGGCAAACACGGUCCCCUGGAUAUACCAGAGGUGGAAUCAGGUGUCUAGGAGGAGUAAGCAUCCACUGUCGACCGAUCACACUCUCCGUGAGUCAUAUAUCUUGAUCAGGUAAACCGAGUAAUCCCUAGUCAAAAUCAGUAUGUAAAGAACGGCCUAACAAUUCGUAUAAAACAUGUCAGACAGUAUUCGACCCAAUGAUAGCAUGCAUCUGCAAAUAAGAUCAUUAUAACGGGUAUCGAAUUUGUGAAAUGCUGACUUAAAUGAGACUGUUGAAACCCCUGGAACAUCAAGGAACAUCAACGUAUUUAUCAGUAACCUGCCUCGAUUUUAAAUUUAUCAUAUGCAGAUCGUGUAUCGAUUCAGUUUAAAGACCUAAACACCAUCUCGUUGUCAUAUGAUUGUGUUGUUAGUUUGCUGUUGACAUAUAUAAAUGUAUUUAAUAAAAUAUUCAAAUAUGAA